UUCCCGCUUUCCUUUAGAACUGCUUACCAUCUUACCCUCGGCAGAUCGUAGUGUCGCUAUUCCCGUGUCUCCCCCUCUUUUCUUGCCCACUAUCCCUUGAAUUCCUACCCACAUUUGCUUCAUCCCCCCUCAAAAUCUUCAUAGUCUUUUGGACUACUUCCUCCCACAACGCUUUCUUCUUCUUCACCACCAACUCCUUCACCCUCUUUCUAUUUUCAACAUACUCCUUCCAUCCUGCAUCGGUUUUCCCUGCCGCAUAUUUUGCGUGUGACUCUCUACGUACUCGAAUUGCUUGCUUGAUUUCUUCGUCCCACCACUUUACUGCUCUCUUACAGACUAUCAACUUUCUACCGAGAACUCUACUUGCCGUUGUGUUUACCAGCUUUUCCCACCCUUCUAUGAUUCUAGAUCCGGCCUGGUCCCGACCUCCGGGGGGGGCGGCAUCAGCAGGACGCGCCGCGACUACCGGCCGCCGCGGCCGCGUGGGCGGCGGCGGCGGUGGCGGUGGCGGCGGCAAUUGCGACGGGAGCGGCAGCAGCGAGGGCGGUGUGAUCGGCGGCGAUGACAGCGGCCUCCACCCCGUCGCCAUGGCCGCUGCUCUUAUGCGGCCGGUCGAUGACAACACCAACUACGGCAUCGUCAAAUUCCUCCCAGACAAGCAGACCACGACCGUGACGAAAGCCCUCCGCGAGAUCUUCGUUUCCCUUUGCCCUCCGCGGGGCGUCCACCGCGAUUUCCAGUUUCUUCGGACGAACAACGGCACGGAGCUGGUCAACGCGUCUGUGAGCAAUCUGCUUCUGGAGUUUGGCAUCACCCAGGAGAUGACGUCCCCUGACGGAGGGCAGAAGCGUGACGGGAAGGUGGAGCGUCGGAUCGGGCUGGUCCGGGAGGGCGGCCGGGCAGCUUUCACGGAGGCUUCUCUGCUCUUCCCUGACCUCCAGUUCCCUCGCGUGGCUUGCGAUUGCAACCGCAUCUGGCCAGAGGCAUGGAGCUGGAUGUCGUCGUGCAUCAACACGCUGCCGCGGCUUGACAAGUCGCCCGAUCGUUUCUGCCCGUACGAGAUGCUCCACGGCAAACGCCCUCUGCGUCAACCUCUGCCCUUCCUCAUGCCGGGCAUCCACCACGCCCGCAUCCCCGCUAAGAUCGCACCCAAGGGCGAGCGGUGCUUUUACCUUAACCCCGGCGACUAUCACUCCAGGGAUUGCUACAAGGUCAUCUUCCCCUCCGGAGCCGUGGGGUACCCUACGGACGUUGUUUGGGGUUAUCGCCGUAAACCGUUUGUUGGUAUCGUGCCGACGUACAACGGCGGCGCCAUCGCGGCAUCGGCGGGAGCGGCGGCGGCGCGGACGGCUUCAGGAGCGGCGACGGCAGAAGCGGCUUCGGCCAGAUCCCCGUCGCCGGUGGCAACAUCGGCAGGAGCGGCGGCGGCGCGGACGACUUCACGCGUGGCGGCGACACUGACGGCUUCACGCGCGGCGACGGCAGGGGCAGCUUCGGCCAGAUCCCGGUCGCCGGUGGCAGCAUCGGCAGGAGCGACGGCAGCAGACGUGGAAGCGCCGGCACCGACGGAAGCGGCGGCACCGGCAUUCGUUGGGGCGGUUGAGUACACAAGCGGGGGGAGCGUCUUCCCCCCCUUGACCAUUGUACCUCCCACCCCCGCCCCCGCCCCCCCGUCGUCCGUGCCGCCCCUCGCCCCGCAUCUUCAGCGUCAACGCGAUCGCUACCAAGUAACACCGGCGCUGACCAGGGAGCGUGCGCGGCAGGCGGUGGCGGGAGGAGCAGCUCGAGGAUUACCGGGUGCGCUUGCGCUGCUUUCGAUGGAGGAGGACAUCAUCGCUCGCUCGCCGCUCACCCUUUGCAGGAUGAGCCCCCGUUAGCCACCGGGCCGACGCGCGACCUUGAGACUUCUGCUAUUUGGGGCCGCACAGCGCCAUUUGGGGAGCAGCCGAGAAGCGGGAGAUGGAUGGUCUGGUUGGGGCGGGCACGUUCGAGCCGGCAGGAGGGCUCUAGCAACGAGGAACGAACGUCAUCUCUGCCAAAUGGGUCUACACGUGGAAACCUGAUGAAUUCGGUGAUGUGUUGCGUGCAAAGGCUCGGCUUGUCGCUAGGGGUUUCGGUCAGCGUGAAGGUAUUGGCUAUUUUGAGACUUUUUCCCCGUGCCCUACCCAUCCGAGUAUUCGCCUCUUGUCUGCUAUCGCGUGUGAAAUGGGUUGGGACAUGUGCCACNAUUCGGUGAUGUGUUGCGUGCAAAGGCUCGGCUUGUCGCCAGGGGUUUCGGUCAGCGUGAAGGUAUUGACUAUUUUGAGACUUUUUCCCCGUGCCCUACCCAUCCGAGUAUUCGCCUCUUGUCUGCUAUCGCGUGUGAAAUGGGUUGGGACAUGUGCCACUUUGAUGCUGAUGAAGCGUUUGUGCAAUCGAAGCUAGAUGAGAUCGUGUACGUGCGUCUGCCGCAGGGUAAUGGGCCCCUUUCGAGUAAGAUUGUGAGACUUGCCCGUAGUUUUUAUGGCUUGAAGCAGGCGUCACGCACGUGGCACCACCACCUUGUUCGGGGCAUGAAAUCUCUUGGGUUUGACCAAUGUGCUGCUGAUGCGUAUGUCAUGCGUUUGAUCGAGGAUGGUGUGCUUGCCAUGGUAGUUGUGGUGCAUGUGGAUGACAUUUUUUCCAUCGGGCGGAAGAGUAGGUGUGACAGGUUUGGCCGAGACUUGAACGCCUACGUUCCCAUCACCAACCUCGGAGCGUUGCGCUUGUAUGCGGGAGUUCGUUUUUCACGCGAUUGGGCUUCUGGUACGCUUACAUUGUCGCAAGAAACUUUUGCUGUCAACUUGGUUGCGAAGUUUGGUGUCACGCGCAACAAGGAGACCCCGAUGCCUGUUGGAGUGAAGCUUGACGAUUUUUCUGCUGACGAACCUAAUGUUCUUGGGCCUUUUCGUUCUUUGGUAUUCCCAUGCACCCAAGAGCCUACACUGGCGGGCUGCGUUGCAUAUUGCGAUGUACAUUACAUUCACGAGUUCUCUUGGUAUUACAUUUCAGCGGGGUUCAAGGGAGGGUAUCGAUUUGCGCUUGUAUGUUGACUCCGACUAUGCCAGCCGGGCCACUGACCGGCGGUCGGUCUCGGGAGCAGUUGUGAUGUGCGGCGGUGCAUGUGUAUUGUUUUUAUCUAGGACGCAGAAAAGUGUUACCCUGUCGUCGACCGAAGCAGAGUAUGUUGCGAUGGCUAACGGUAUGAAGGAGGCGAUUUUCUUGCGGUUUAUUUGGGGUUUUAUUCUUCCGGGUCGCGAUGUCGGGUGCACACUGGUGUUCGAGGAUAACGAGGGGGCUCUUCACCUUGCGGUCAACCCCGCCACCACACCGUACUCUAAGCACAUCGACGUUCGUCACCACUGUCUUCGGGAGCGUGUAGCACGGGGAGAGUUUAAGAUUGUGCACGCGCCCACGACUUUUCAGCAUGCGGACUUCCUCACGAAACCGUUGCACAAGAGCGCGUUUUGCUUCCACCGUGAUUUUGUGAUGAAUGUUCAGCAAGUAUUUUUUUUUCUUUGUGGACGCGUUUCCUGAGCUGUGUUUUGCGUCGAGAAUCAGGGGGGGAGGACAUGUGUUGUCAUGAUUCCAGACGCAACACUAGCGAAUGCAUAUAUGUUUUUCUUGUGUUUGCAGGGCGUGUUUCAGCUGGGGGGCUGUUUCAUACACUUUGAUGUUUUGAGAUCUUCUGAUGGUUGAAUAGGAGGGGAAGAAAACGCAGGCAGAUCUGUAUAUAUGUUUCGGGGAAAUGUUCCAGUUGGGGGGCUGUUACUUAUUGAUAUUGGUAUUGAGAGAAGGGUGGCACGAAAUUUGCAUGUUUUGGGAAAUAUUGCGGCAGGGGGGCUGUUUGCAUGGAUAUUGCUUAUAUUUCUAUCGUCUCUUGGACAACAGCUGAGGCACCGAUAGCAUGCACGCGCUGUUUAGGAUUUGGUCCUUGGACGCUAUGUUGCAGGAAGGGUUUGACAUGUUUUGACGAGUAAUGGUUGGGGCCUUUGUGCUUUCCCACUGCUUGUUUUAAUUGGUCAAGAGGUUGAAAGUUGUGUUGUUUUAAGAUGUUGUGUCAACUCUUUUGAAGCUGUUUUUCCAGAUUACUUGUCCGUAACCGUUCUUACGCUUUUCUGAUGUAGCGCAGGUAUUUGUUGGGUACUCUUCUGAGGAUGAUUCUUUUGUUUUGACGGUUUGAGAAUA